AUGUCCCGUGCAGGUCGGCGCCCGAUGGCGCAGCGAUUCGACGAAUACUACAGAUGCUAUCCCAUGGUCAUGGCACCCGGCCCCGAGCGGCCCGAUCUCAAUUACGGCUCCAAGAUCUUCCUCCCACCGUCAGCUCUAGACAAAGUCUCCAAGCUUCACGUGCAGUGGCCACUACUUCUCGAGAUCAUAAACGGCGAGAAAGGCAAACACUCUCACGCGGGUGUUUUGGAGUUCGUCGCCGAAGAGGGUCGGGCAUACCUGCCCCAAUGGAUGAUGGAAACCCUGGGGCUGGAUGUCGGAGACCUCAUCCAGGUCAAGACGACAUCCCUAGAGCUCGCGAAACUAGUGAAGCUGCAGCCGCAGUCUGUCAACUUCCUCGAGAUCACCGAUCCUAAGGCCGUGCUGGAGAAGGCGUUCAGAAACUUUGCCACUCUGACCAAGGGAGACACAUUCAACUUUGAGUACAAUGACGAGAUUUACUACGUGGCGGUCCUUGAUGUGAAGCCAGAGACAACCAAAAUGGGUGUCAGUAUGAUCGAGACGGACGUUUCGGUCGACUUCGCGCCACCCGUAGGAUAUGUCGAGCCAGAGAGGCAGCCCAAAGGGAGUGGGACAAGCACACCGAUGAGCAACCGAGGAGGCGCCCCCGCUGGUGGUAUCCUCCAUCAUCAAGGCACCAUGUCGCAAGCCAUCGGCUACCAAUCUCUCGCGCCCUCCACCCUUUCUGCGGGCCCUACCAACUUCUCGGGAGAAGGGCAGAGGCUCGUUAUUAAGAAGGGCAGCAAGACUUCAACUCCUCUCAAGGCCUCCACUCCAGAUAGCACGGCGUCUGCGGCGCCCGUGGCGAUCCCCCAUCCGGCGCAAUGUGAAUGGGCCCAUGCCACUUCGGCUACCGGCCAACAAGCUCUUCUUUGGCUACGAGAUCAAGCCAUUCAAAACUCUAGAGGAGAAGGAAGAGGACCAAAAGGCAUCAAACCAGCCGAAAUUCGCUGGCCAGGGCCAAAGCCUCCGCGGAGCGUCCUCGAAACCCAAGGGAAGUAG